AUGGAAGACAGCGGCAGUGGGUGGCCUGUGGGACCUGUGCCCCAGUGCGGCGCGGGCGGCAAGGGGAACGGCAGUGGCCGGGUCUUUGAGGUAGCGCUGCAUAACGGCUCCUCCAACCGCAGCUCCCAGUUUGCCGGCGUGGAGCUCCUCCAGUCCUACAAGCCCCUCAUCAUCCCCUGCUACGCCCUGGUGGUGCUGGUGGCCAUCUUCGGCAACUACCUGCUGCUCUAUGUCAUCUGCCACACCCGCAAGAUGCACAACGUCACCAACUUCUUCAUCGGGAACCUGGCCUUCUCCGACAUGCUGAUGUGCGCCACCUGCGUGCCCUUCACCCUGGCCUACGCCUUCAACCCCCGCGGCUGGGUCUUCGGCCGCUUCAUGUGCUACCUGGUGUUCCUCAUCCAGCCGGUCACCGUGUACGUCUCCGUGUUCACGCUGACCGCCAUCGCUGUCGACAGGUACUACGCCACAGUGCACCCUCUGAAGAAGCGCAUCUCCGUGUCAGCCUGCACGUACGUGCUCUCCGGCAUCUGGCUGCUGUCCUGCGGGCUGGUGGCCCCCGCGGUGGCGCACACGUACCACGUGGAGUUUCAGGAGGAGGGCUUCACCAUCUGCGAGGAGUUCUGGAUGGGCCAGGAGAAGGAGCGCCUGGCCUACGCCUACAGCACCCUGUUCAUAACCUACGUCAUGCCCCUCUCCGCCCUCUGCAUCUCCUACCUCUGCAUCUCCGUCAAGCUGCGCAACUGCGUGGCGCCGGGCCACUGCACCCAGAGCCAGGCGGAGGCCCAGCGGGCCCGCAAGCGCAAGACCUUCCGGCUGGUGACGCUGGUGGUGGCCGCCUUCGGGAUCUGCUGGCUGCCCAUCCACGUGUUCAACGUGCUGCGCGACAUCGACAUCGACCUGAUCAACAAGCACUACUUCCUGCUCAUCCAGCUGCUCUGCCACCUGUGCGCCAUGAGCUCGUCCUGCUGCAACCCCUUCCUGUACGCCUGGCUCCACGACCGCUUCCGCGCCGAGCUGCGCAAGAUGUUCACCUGCCACCGCCGCAUCGGCAUUCACACCAACAACUGCGCCACCGCCAGCGUGGUGCUGUGACCCCUCCAACAUCCCCCCCACCCCACCCCCCAGCAAAACUGGAUGGGCUGAGAGGAUGUGGAAUAGACACAGGACAAUAGGACGUGUUAAGGAAGAUUGCAGGCCUGUUGGCCGCUUGUCUGUUCUGAGCAACGCUACUCACAGUCAUAACAACACUACAUCCUAAAGAUUGGGCAGGCCCUGGAUCAGGGAAAGGAGACCCAAGGUGACAGAGGUGCAAAGCUGUACUGCGUUUCUGACAGGACAAUUUGCUGCAACAGAUACUGUGGUUGGAAUGCUCAUUAUUAUAAUACCGUCACUGCGAACACUGAAGCUAUUGAGACCACAGUGUCUUCGGACAGCCUAACAAACUGUUAACAGAGAAACAUCUCGAAAGGGGAGAUAGAGGAGAGCGAGCCAUUACUGCACAGUGAUACAUUAACAUUGCAUACCUGUCCAAUCCAGCGAGUGCUGCUGAUGUCAGAGAUAAACGAGGCGAGCUCCCAUUGGGCGGUCUCAGCAGUGGACGUGUCUUUGGCAGGGGCUAAUUUUCUUCAGCUGGCAUCCUCCUUCAUAGGAAAUGAAAAGGAGGGGGAGGUGGAGGUAGAGGAGGAGGACUGGCAUUAGGUGAUGAUUGGGGACUCUUAAAGAUAAUUGUUUUGCUCUGGUCAGUUAACUUUGGUUCUUUUUAAAUGAACCGACACAAGCAAAAAUGAGUAAUUCAUCCAUACCUUAUGAACCGUUAAAAAUUAUGGGAACUUUACAAAUGCAAAUUACAUUUUAGAUUGAAAUUAAAUCUGCACCCAGGCUUACACUACAAGACCCUUAUGGAAGAGUACUAUUAUUUUGUAAUUCAACUGGGCAUGAUGGCGCAAUACCUCAGAAAAAGAAGGGGGAAAAAAAGAAGAACAACUGACAUUUGUAUGCAUUUGUUUUAAGAUGGCUUCGUACUAUCCUGUAUUCAGUUUUAACUGUAAUUGGUGGUUGUGUAGUUUGCUCUUCUGUGUUAGUGUGUCAAAUUAUGUUGUUCUGUACAAGAUUCUAAAAGAAAUUGAACAUGAAAUGUCCUCUUGAAGUGAAAUUUGAUUGCUUAGAUGUGUUCCAUUGGAAAUUGAAGAAAAUAAAAAAGAAAAUAAAAAUCAA